CACCAUCGCCAAUUCUGCCUCUAUUCUCGAGUCAGGAUCUGCACCAGAAGCAGCAGGCAAGAAGGCUUUUGACCUGUGUAGAAAGGAGCUCAUUAGAAGGAAGCGAGAAGAAAAGACCGUGGAGUUUUAUACGGGCGGAGCAUUGAUGCUAUGUAGAAACGGAUGUAGAUUACACUAUUGCGGGAAGGUGCCAGAGAGGAAGAGGAUAAGAACCACUUCACUAUUGUCUCAAUCUGCCCCUCACAGUUCUUUCCUAUCUGUCUGGCUAUCUGGCUGUCUCUUUUCCUCCUUCUCACACAAGCACACACUCUCGCUUCUCUUCCACUUGACCCUGCAGUGCAACCAAGAACAAUACGAUAGUUGGGGAGAGAAUCCCGACGAAACUGAGACCCUCAAAACCGCAUUGAUUGGUACAGGAUAUCAAAAAUUGGGUAAAGGGGGGAGGGGAAAAAAAAAAAAAGAGAAAAAGAAAAAGAAAUAGAAGUGCAGAGACUCAGAGAGAGUGGAAAAGCUUUGGCCCCAUCGAAACCCAGCCCGUGGUCCAGUUCCAAUCUUCGGCAUUCCCACUUGGGACCCAGCUAGAAGUAAACUAACCUAACUAAACUAAUCUAAAAGUUGCCUGUCGUUCGCUCUCCUCAACUCUUCAGACGGUC